CCUUCAAUGAGAACGAUAGAUCUAAAACUCGCAUUACUAUGUGAAUUUGGUCGGCUCGCCCAAACAGUUACAUAUUGCAGCUUUAAAUUAAGACACAGUGGAUAUGGCUCGGAAAACAUAUCUAAUUCCAGGGAUAAGUUGUACUUCGAAUACUCCCAAAUGUUACACAGAGAAGAUUGAAAGACUGCUAGUUUUUCUGAAAACUGCCCUUUUAUAAAAAUAAAAAAACGACUGAUUUCAACACCCAAAGAAUUGCCCGCAAUGUCGUGUGUAAAUGUGGGCUAGUCUUUGGGUGUGCAACGUAAUUUGUGGAGUUCAGUUUUAUUGGCUACAUGUUAUCUAGCAGUAGCCACAGCAGCCAUUGUGGAAUGGCACAUUGCGCUGAACAACAAAGGAGCUGAUUGGCUGACACUGCCAUUCCAAAAUGGCUGAUGUGGCAACUUCUUUUUAGCAUAAGGACAAAAAGUGCAGUUUUCUGGAAAACCUAGCAGUAGUUCAAUCUUGUCAGUGUAACAGUUGGGAUAAUGGGACAAUUGAUUCAAAGCUUCUUUCUCAUCCCUGAAUUGAGGGAUUCAUCAAGACCAACUCAAAUGGUGUCCCUGAUCUGUACCUUGCAAGACCAUCGCGACGAUGUCACCUGGUGCGCCUUCUCCAUCACGCUGCUGCCCACCUGUUCAGCUGAUAAAACCUUACGAAUUUACAACACCCAAGACUUUUCCGGAAGUCCCAUAAUCCCCACUCUCUGGCCACGGCUAUGGCGUCCACUGUUGUUGCUUCAGCGCCUGUGGUCAGUAUUUGGCCUCGUGUUCAACUGAUGGUUCAACAGUUGUGUGGUCAACGGACACGGGUGAGAUAGAGGCAGUGCUGGAGCAUCCGGGUAGGAACCCCGUCAGGGUUUGCGCCUUCUCGCCCGACUCUUCACAUUUGGUUUCGAAGGCGUCUGAUGGUACUUUAGAGCUUUGGGAUUUCCCUACGAAAACAUUGCACAUGUGAACUUGAUUGAUUGAUAUAAUUUAUCUCCAUGUUAUCGACUCAUAAAUGCGCCUAUGUCUGCAGACUGAUAUGUGUUGUCUCUUGCAGAGUGUUCUUAAAUGAUUAUUUGUCAACAGUGAAUGAGACCACUAUGGUGGCCUGCUCCUUCACCCCCUGUGGCCCGAUGUUUGUCACUGGAUCUACGUAUGGGGACCUCAGGCUGUGGGACCUGGACAUGAACCAGCUCCACGCGGAGAAGAACAAUCACGACUUGGGGGUCACCUGCUACUGCUUUGGCCCCAAGAUCUUCGGUGGUGAUGAUGAUGAGGAUGAUGGUAGUGGUGGGGUAGAGUUCCGCCUGGCCUCCUGUGGACAAGACCGCACGCUGAAGAUAUGGACUGUCUCCAUCUCUUCUGCACAGGCAGCUGUAAGAUGCAGCUGCUGCAGACCCUGACCGGCCGGUCUGCCCCGGUGCUCUCCUGUGUUUUCUCUGCAGACGGACAGCUGCUUGUGUCUGGGUAAGUCAGCCCAUAGGUGAUCUAAGGCAAAGUGCUCUGUUAGUCAAGAUAAAGUUGUACAUUUACUCCAACUGGCCACAAGGGGGAGAAGUGUGUUGCUUUUGUCCAUUGCCUUUUCUGUUGCAGCUCAGUGGACAAAACAGUCACAGUGUAUGAUGCUGUAAGACACUCAAGCUCUUUUCAUUACCGUAGAAGUCAUUUCAGUUUAACUCCCCAUGUUAAUGUCCCACAGAAAUCCAUAAAAACCUCUCAUCUGAACUUGAAUAGUGUUGCUUUUUCAUUGCCAGGGGGCUUUGCUCUACACAUUGAACCAACAUGAGAGGUAAUCUUCCUUCUUACCAUUGGGACAUAGUCACAUCAAAAUGGCCUUAUUCGAGUAGCCUACUUUUUCAAAUGUACCUUUACCGUCCUCGCUCGCAUGAUCCUUUGCCGUAGGUACAUGACGCCGUGUCUCUCCCAGCACACCCCUGAUCGCCACGGUUUCUAUGGACAAGACUGUCAAUAUAUGGAGAGUAGAGGACACACGAAAUGGCCAUGGUGGGUAACGCACACACACACAAAGAUGGACAGAAGUCUAAGAUAGGAGGUGUAUUGACAAGCUGCCAGUGUUAUUGGCAUUAAGAAUGGCAUUAGUGUUCUGAGUCACGGUGUGGGGUUCCUACAUACUGUUUCACUAUUUUCUCAUGUAAACAAAGAUCCUGUUGACUUAAUGGUGAUGACAGCCUGGUGAUUAUGUGCUGUUUUUGCAUAAGCUCUUCUUUAUUGAUUAUGGCUUAAUUCUGUUUUUUUAUUCUGCCAAUCACCAUCCCUCUCUCUGCAUGGUUCAUGGGAAGAAAAAAAAAAGGCAAAUCUUUACCUGGUGAGUUUGACAUUUUCUUCCUUAUCUGCACCACUAACGUCCAAUCUGCUCAUUGAAAGCAGUGAGGGAUGGAGGAUCUCUGUGAAACCUAGGAGUCCCACUGCUAUCAAAGAGGGCUUUAUCGCGAGUAAUACUUCUAACCAGGUGAUAAUGCCUUCUGCAAAAAUAAGUCUUUCAUAGCCUGUUGUGUUUCCAGGUGACUUUUUCCUUGAAGCACUGCCUGGUGAGAACUGAGUUGCUUUUCUAUUUUUAUGUGUAGUCACUGUAUUAGUGUACACAGUGUACAAAACAUUAAGAACACCUUCCUAAUAUUGAGUUGCAUCCCCCCGUUUGCCCUCAGACCAGCCUCAAUUCGUCAGGGAUUCAUCAGGCUAUGUUAUGGAAAGAGCAGGUGUUCAUAAUGUUUUGUACACCCAGUAGUUAUAUAGGCUCACAAUGGUUUCUUCCUCUCCUCUGACCUGACACCUUUCCAAGAACCUAUACGCACCUCGUUCUAAGACAGGCUUGUCAAUAAAAGGCUUGCAACUCAAUGACUGUAAUUGUAAAUACAUUAAUGUUCAUAGUUUUAGUUGACAACAGUAUUUUGUUGUCUUUUAUGUGGAGUCUUACUGUGCUCUUUGUAAUGUACUUUGUUUUUCACAUCUUGUUAUCUAGUUGAAACUGCAACAUUCUCAUGUGGAGGUGGGGAAAGUGACUAAAAAGCACUGUAGAAACUUCUGAUGGAUUACACAUGAAUAACUAUAGUAACAGCAUGUCAUUUCCUGUUUUCCGACCUAUCAGGCAGAAAGUUGCCGCGUCACUCCAGACUUCUGGUCAGUGAUUGGUCAGAGGAGGGCGUGGCUGUGUGAGGAGGGGCUGGAGACGCUGGUGG